GCAGCACAUGAAAGGAAGGCUCCUGCCUGUCACAUCUCACACCAUCACACUCCUCAACUAGAUGGAGAUCUCCUGUCCUCAGGGAGCCUGAAGUGAUUAAAGGUCCUUCCAGGUCUGGAGGAUAUUGUCUGUUCAUCAGCUGAUGGUCUUCAGAGAGCAGAAGUCUUCACAUAUUGAGAGGCACCUGCACUGAUUUGUUUCUAAGACUGCACCAGGACAGAAGAGUGAACAGUGGGCGAUUAUGGGGGCACAAGACUCUUUUGAUUGAAUUUGCAAGUCCUGGAGGAUUUGAUGGAAUGAAAUUCCUUGUGAGCUCACUGCCUGGUGGUCUCCUGACUUCUCAGAAGCUUACUGGUGGCAUCCCAAGGACACAGGACACCCUCCCCUGAACUCUAAUCCUGACACUUGCACUCAUUGAUCUCUGGCAGCUUCCAGUAGAAGGGAUCCAUGAGCCUCUGAACAUCAGACUGCUUGGUCACAGAGUAUCCAGCAGAAGCCAUGCAAGUCUCCAUAGCCUGCACAGAGCACAACCUCAAGAGUAGGAAUGGGGACGAUAGGCACAGCAAGCAGAACUCCAGCGGUCCAAAUGUGGUCAAUGCAGCCAGGGCAAGGUUCCGCACUGUGGCCAUCAUUGCCAGGAGUCUGGGAACUUUCACUCCCCAGCACCAUAUCUCACUGAAGGAAUCCACAGCCAAGCAAACUGGCAUGAAAUACAGAAAUCUGGGGAAAUCCGGACUUCGUGUAUCCUGUCUAGGACUGGGAACUUGGGUGACAUUUGGUGGACAGAUUUCUGAUGAGGUGGCUGAGCAGCUCAUGACCAUUGCAUAUGACAAUGGAGUAAACCUCUUUGACACGGCAGAGGUCUAUGCAGCUGGAAAGGCAGAAGUGAUCUUGGGAAAUAUCCUCAGGAAGAAGAACUGGAGGAGAUCAAGCCUGGUCAUUACAACUAAAUUAUACUGGGGAGGAAAAGCAGAAACUGAGAGAGGCCUGUCAAGAAAGCACAUUAUUGAAGGAUUAAAGGGCUCUCUCCUGAGGAUGCAGCUGGAAUACGUGGACGUGGUGUUCGCAAACCGACCGGAUAAUAAUACCCCCAUGGAAGAAAUUGUCAGAGCAAUGUCCUACGUAAUUAACCAAGGGAUGGCCAUGUACUGGGGGACGUCACGCUGGAGCGCCAUGGAGAUUAUGGAAGCAUACUCUGUAGCACGACAGUUCAAUAUGAUCCCUCCAGUGUGUGAACAAGCAGAAUAUCAUCUGUUCCAAAGAGAGAAGGUAGAAGUUCAGCUGCCUGAGCUGUACCACAAAAUAGGAGUUGGUGCGAUGACGUGGUCACCAUUGGCCUGUGGGGUCAUCUCUGGAAAAUAUGAAAAUGGAGUCCCUGAAAGUGCGAGAGCAUCAUUAAAGUGUUACCAGUGGUUAAAGGACAAAAUAGUCAGUGAAGAGGGGCGCAAACAGCAGUCUAAACUGAAGGAUUUGGUACCUAUUGCAGAACGUCUUGGAUGCACUCUGCCACAGCUUGCCGUAGCUUGGUGUCUGCGGAACGAGGGAGUGAGUUCGGUUUUGUUAGGAACAUCCAAUCCAGAGCAACUGAUAGAAAACCUAGGAGCCAUACAGGUCCUUCCAAAGAUGACGUCACAUAUUGUGAACGAGGUUGACAACAUAUUGGGAAACAAGCCAUUUAGCAAAAAGGAUUAUAGAUCGUAACCUACUGCAUGAAGAGCAGUCUGCAUGGUUAUAAUAGUGCCCUGUAUAUAGUACUGGACCACCUGUUUAAUGGAUUUCCCGGGAUUCCUGCUCCAGUACUUGUCAUGAGUGGGGAUUGCCACCACUGAACCUAGAAGCACAUAAGAAAAACUGUAUAUAUUCUUUCUACCUGUUUCUUACCAUUUAAUUUCAUGCCUACUGCUUAUGCUGAGAUAUAAUGAAUGCCAUUUUUAAAUGGAAGUAUGAAUACAAAGACUUGGAAGGAAGAAUUUAUAGGAGAGACAUGUAAUAUGCAAUAUGUUUUAUUACAGCUGUGUUGUUCUAUGGGGCGAGAAGGGAACUCGAGUCUGUAUUAUGCCCGGUAAUGAGAUCCGAAAACUAUGCAUCAGCCUCGGACAUUACUACAGCUCUAUUUAAGCUAUCUAUCUGUGUAAAGGUUGCAGAAUGGCUCAUAUAAGAAAUAUCACUUGUGUCUAUAUGAUAAUGGAAGAUGAUGCCUUUACUGUAAAGAGAGCCGAUUGAUUUUCGGGGGCAAAGAGUGAAAAGUUUACUUAGAAAACAGUCAGAUUUCUUCCUUCUUUUAUAUGAUUUCAUUAGAAAUGAAGGCACUUUAAACAUUAAAGACUCUGCACUGUUUUCAUAAAAGUAGAUUAUUUUUUUCAUGUACAAAUCAAACAAAAAUAAUAAAAUGUAAGAGGUAGUUUGGUUUAGAAAACUUCUUUUUAAAUACACUAUUAGGACAUUAUUUCCUUAUUUGAGACCUCCAUCAAUAAGCUAGAGCGGAGAUCCAUUCCAAAAGUCUGUUUCUCAAGGAUUGAUUUAAAGACUGUCAUGUUUUCAUCCAAAAAAAAAUCUAUUUUAGCAUAUGUUACUGCUGCAACAGCAUUAUGCAUAGAGCAAUCUUUAGUUUCUUCACAUACCACUGUUUUCCGUGA